AUGCAACAACCUAUUUUUGCCUAUUGGUCAAUUAGAGGCUUAGCUGAGCCUAUUCGCAUGCUUCUAGUUCACCUUGGAGUCGCUUUUGAGGAUAAACAUUAUACCGCAGGAGACGCUCCAGAUUAUGACAAGAGUGGUUGGCUUGCUGACAAAGAGAAUCUUGGUCUUGAUUUCCCGAAUCUUCCAUACUUUAUUGAUGAGAACGUCAAAAUCACUGAAAGUUAUGCUAUCAUCACUUAUAUAGCUGCAAAGUAUAACCCAGAUUUUCUUGGUAGGACAGCUCAAGAGCGAGUAUAUGUCAAUAUGUGUGCUGGGGUACUUAAAGAUGUAAACCAUGCUGUUUCGAUGGCAUGCUAUGCUCCUGACGCAACUACAAGAAUUCCGAUAGCGCUUGAUGGCAAUAAGGCUAACUUAGGAAGAAUCGCAAACUAUCUUCAAGGAAAAAGAUUCUUUAUGGGAGAUCAGCCUACAUGGGUUGAUUUCUGCGCAUAUGAACUAUUUGAUAGAAUUGAAGCAUUUGAUCCAGAAUUCUUAACUCCCGUCCUUUAAACUGAGCAAAAAAUAAUACUUUCUUAUAUAAAAAUUCAAAAAUCUUGUUGAAUUUAUAAAUUAAGUUUUGGUGGGAGAUGUCUUAAAUUAAAUAGAGCAGUUAGAGAACUGCUAUAAUAGUUAUUAAUUAUAUUUUUAAUUACUUUGUAUAGCAGAUUUUUAUUCUCGCUCUUAAAGAAGAUUAAUUUUUACCAAAAAUUGGCAUUUUUCAAUAAUUUUACUCGUUCUUAUAAAGGCGAGGAGACUAAGAGGCAUUUCUCCUAUCUUCGAAACUUAUAAAGGCCAUGUUAGAGGUUUAGCACACAUAGAAGAAUUUGUGUCAAGACCAAGAUUGGCAUUUAACAAUAAGAUGGCAGGAUGGGGAAAUAGCCCACUUUAA